AUGGCCAGCUCACUCAAGAACGUCAUUGUUGUCGGAGGCUCUUUUGUCGGACGAACCACCGCACAGGAAAUCGCCCGGGUGAUUCCCACGACGCACAGAGUCCUCCUGAUUGAACCGCACACACACUUCCACCAUCUUUUUACUUUUCCCCGAUUUGCCAUCGUUCCCGGCCACGAACACAAAGCGUUCAUCCCCUACUCGGGCCUCUUCGCGGCCGUGCCCAACCCGACCGCUCACUCCGUGGUGACUGCACGCGUCGUCUCCGUGCACGAGAACAAGACGCUCACGCUCGACCGGGAAUGGCAGGGAUCCCGCCAGAUCUCGUUUGAAUACCUGGCUCUCGCCACGGGGACGCGUCUGGCCGAGCCCGCGGGCAUGAAGGACGACGACAAGGCCUCCUCGGUGGCGUACCUGCAGCGGCACCAGGCGGACAUCAAGAACGCGAAAUCGAUUCUCAUUGCUGGCGGUGGUGCCGUCGGCGUGCAGAUGGCCACCGAUCUGGCUGAAUACUACCCCGACAAGGAGAUUACGGUCGUCCAGUCGCGGCCGCAUCUCAUGCCGCAGUUCCACAAGCAGUUCCACGAAUUUGUCUCCAAGCGAUUCCAGGAUUUAGGAGUGAAGCUUGUUACUGGCGCCCGACUGGUCGUCCCCCCCGAGGGAUUCCCCAAGUCAGGCCCCUUCGACGUGCAGCUCACCAACGGAACCAGCGUGUCCACCGACUUUGUCGUCCUGGCCACCGGCCAAACCCCCAACACGGGUCUCAUCCAGAGUCUGCCCGGCGGCGCCGAGCUGAUCAACCCUGCCAACGGGUUCAUCCGCAUCAAGCCCACCCUGCAGGUCGCCGAUGACCGGUACCCCGAGAUCUUUGCCGUGGGAGACGUCGCAGACACGGGAGCCCGUAAGGCGGCGCGCCCGGGUGCUGGUCAGGCCGCCGUCGUGGCUCGCAACAUCCAGGCCCUUAUCGAGGGACGUGCUGCCGACGCCGAGACCGAGAAGCCUGGUGCGGCUGGAAUUCACAUCACUUUGGGAUUGGUAAGCCCUCUUAUUUUGUUCUGGAAAUACAACAUUGUCUUCCGCAACCCCGACCCUGCUGCCGGACAGACUGAGCCGAUGAUCCGUGAGAGACAUGAUGGCAGCCUUGAUAUGAACGUGGAGGGAAUGUGGGAUCGGAUGAACGUCAAGCCAGACGAGGAGGCGAAAUACCAUUUAUAG